AUGCGGACGGCAAAUCUCAUAUCCUUGGCCUUGUCCAUCGCGUCACUCGCAUUACCCAGUCAAGCCAUCGAACUCGACCUCAGCGAUGAAGCAAGCAUCAAAUCCGCCGCCUCGACCGUCGCUUACGGCAUGAUGAAAUACUACCACGGCAACGAAACCGGCCAAACCAUCGGCCUCCUCCCCUGGCCCUACUACUGGUGGCACGCCGGCGCCGUCUUCGGCUCCAUGGUCGACUACUGGUACUACACUGGCGACACCUCGUACAACGCCAUCACCUCGCAAGCCCUGAUCUUCCAGGCCGGCCCGGACGCAGAUUACAUGCCCGAAAACCAGACCAAGUCCGAGGGAAACGACGACCAAGCUUUCUGGGGUAUGGCCGCCAUGUCUGCCGCCGAAGUCAACUUUCCAAACCCCGAAAAGGGAAAACCGCAAUGGUUGGCGCUUGCCCAAGCGACUUUUAAUUCUCAAGCGCUGAGAUGGGACACCAAGACUUGCGAUGGCGGCUUGCGCUGGCAAAUCUUUACCUUCAACAACGGCUACAACUACAAAAACUCCAUCUCCAACGGUGGAUUCUUCAAUCUGGGUGCGAGACUGGCAAUGUAUACCGGCAACACCACUUAUUCAGACUGGGCUACCAAAACCUGGGACUGGAUGCAAGAAGUCGGGCUCAUGACUGAUGAUUACUAUGUCUAUGAUGGCAGUGACACGACCACCAACUGCAGCGAUCCCAGCAAGAUCCAAUGGACAUACAAUGCAGGUAUUUUCUUGCUGGGCGCGGCGACAAUGUGGAAUAUCACCGGCGAAGAGAUUUGGAGAGAACGUACUAUGGGCUUGUGGAAUGCCACGCACGUCUUUUUCACAGAUGACAAGGUCAUGUACGAAGUCGCCUGCGAACCCGGCGGUAACUGCAAUGUCGAUCAACANCACGUAAGUGUUCCCUUUGCCCCUACCAUUCUCACUUUGCAUGAUACUGACGCAAGACGUAGAUUCAAAGCCUACCUCGCCCGCUGGAUGGCCGCCUCCACAAAGGUCGCGCCCUUCCUCUCUGCCCUGGUCCAACCCUACCUCGCGGCCUCCGCUACCGCAGCAGCAGCCUCCUGCUCCGGCGGCACCGACGGCGUCACCUGCGGCACAAAAUGGUUCUCCAACACCUCGAACCCCACCGUAACCUGGGACAACACCUGGGGUUGCAAGGACCUCUAA